AUGGCAGACCCCCUGAUCGGCCUGACAUUCACCUUCGAUGCACCCUCCUCACGCGAGCGCGAGCGCGACCAAGCCCCGCGCGGCGGACUCGGGUCGCAGGUGUUGCCUGUCGCGGAGCUGGACGACGAGUGGGAGGGCGAGCCGGGCGAUGGGUCCGAGUAUCUGUUCCUCGUCAGACGAGAGGCUUCCACCCACGCGCGGGUCCUGCGCGUCGCCAACCCGUUCAUGACGAUGGAGGUGGACGAGGAGACGGCUGCGGCGCAGGAAGAGGACGACGAGCCGCCUGCGAGUCGGCCGGACGAGGCUUGGAGGAAAGUGUUUGUGCGGAAUUUCGAGGCGGCGAGACAGCGCAUGCUCGUAGCACCCAAAUCCUCACUCCCUCCCGCCGACCCUGCGCUCAUCCCCAACGCUCGCGACGAAGGAGCCUGGCGAGUGUUCAUCAACGGCAAGCGGUCGAAACCGAAUCCUCCUGCGGCGAAGAAGGCGGUCACGGAGGAAGACGAGUUGGCGGCUGCGAAGAGGGCGGUUCUUGCGGCGCUUGAUCUGGACGAUGGGGAAGCCGCGACAACAGCACCACCAGAUUCUGCCCCAGCUCCCGCUCCUCCAGCCCUCGCACCCGCACCGGAAUACGAACGACUCCCCCAACUUCCCUCUCCCGCACUCCUCAUCUCCAUCCCGCGUCCGUACCUCAUCCACGUCCUCUCGCACUUCGACGACUGGUACAACGAGCGACUGGAGCAGUACGAAGAGAAGCUCAACUUCGUACCGUCGACAAUCUUUGCGCCGCCUGCUUUGCGGAGGAAAGGAGCGACGGCGAAAGUGGCUGCGCCUGCCGCUGCGACGACAGACGCAGGUCGACCGCGCCCUCCGCUUCCUUCGGCACACGAAGCGCACUGGAUGCUCUCGCUCCUGACGCGGCUCGAACAAGUCCUCGACGGCGAAGACCUCGCGACGUUGCGACAGCUCGCGCGGACGCUGCGCUCGCUCGCGGAGGAGUCACACAAGGUUAGCGUCGAGACGCGCGUAGCGGCUGGGACUGGGCGGAGUAUGCAGCAGCGGACGGCGGAUGAGGAGGAGGCGGAGGGGAGGGCGAGGUGUUGGAUGGUUGUGGCGGCGGUUGCGAAUGUGUGGAAGCAGGGGGACUUGUGGGACCCGCGGUUGUAG